AGACGUUUUUACCACUAUCAUCAAAAUUAAAACUGAUCAAGCACAUUUUGAGAGCAGAGAGGUUAAUACGUAUAUCUGUCUUUAGACAAACCAAGAGAGACAACAGAGCUACAGCUAGCUAUAGUAGCAUUGCACUAACCUGUAGAAAUCCAUAAAAAUAAAGUGCAGCCAAAUGAAGGGUCUGUGUUGUCUGCUGCUAGUGAGUGCCCUGACAUUGGUGGCAGGACAAGCUCCUGGAGAUGAACAAGAACUGUGCACUGUUACUUUACCUGAACUUCUAAGGAACAUUGUGGAAGACCCUCCUAAUGGGAGGAUAUUGAUGGACUCCAGUCACUAUAACAGGUUGCUACCACCAAAUGCUAAUCCUGUGUGGCAGGCUGUGGACCUUGAUAUGAAUAAUCCUGUUGGGCUGCAAUCGUCCUGGGUAGAACAACAAGGACGUAGCUGUGAGACUGCUGUCACUGUUUGUGGUUGGUCGGGUGGGGCCCAGGACAACUGGCUAAUCACCCAGCACAUCAACAGAACAGUGGAUGGAUAUCCCCUACAGCAAGUCUCCGUACAGAUCGAAUACCAGCAGAGCAUAUGCCCUGAUGAAGGCAGCACAAGAUGCAGGAGAACAUUUGACCUACUGAAAUAUGAGACGUCUACAGUGAAUCCAGUGGCUGCUAUAGACACUGAUAACUAUACACUUAUACGAACCUUGACGACUCAGGUCUCUGGAACUACCACAACAACUACUAAACAGUUUGGAUUCAAUACCAAUGAGUCUGGAUUCUACCUCGCCAUUCGCGAUCCUGGCACUUGUAUUCUCAUCUCUCGACUGAUUGUCUUUUAUAACGCCUGUCCUGGUGAAACAGUCAACUUAGUGGUACGCCCUGAGACAAUAGCUCCAAUCGUUGGGUCUGGUAUACAACUCAGCGUUAAUGCCUCCUGUUUCGCUAACUCCAGUCCAGUAGGUGAUGCUUUCUCACUCAAGUGUUUGGAGAGUGGUAACUGGGUUGCUGUACCCUCCAGUAGGUGUGUCUGCAACGCUGGAUUUGUUCCAACCAUGAACGGAGAAAACUGUUUAUCCUGUGACCCUGGAUUAUACGCCAGUGUGGUGAAUGGGGAGUGUCUGAUGUGCCCUAACAACAGCAACAGCACAGCCUCAGGCCUGGCCGAGUGCCCGUGUGACGAUGGCUACUACAGAACACCAGAAGAGGUGGACCUUCCCUGCACUCUUCCUCCGUCCCCUCCGCUCAACGUGAGGGUGGUGGAUAGAUCCAGUACCACACUAACACUAGCCUGGGACGAGCCAGUGUUCACUGGUGGUAGGGCGAGAGAUGAGCUACGAUACAACCUCUGGUACAGGGUUGAUGGGGAGACAAGUAUCACAUUUUCUAACACUGUCACCGACACCACGGGAGUGAUAAGAGGACUAACUCCUGAAGUUGCCUACAUAGUGUUUGUGACAUCAGAGACGGACAUAUCAGAUCUGAUACCUGAGGAAGAGUUCUUCAUCCUCCUAGCGAGGGGUGAGGCUAUACCUAUCACCCUCCUGGCAGUGAACACUGCCGUGGUAGUGGGUGCUGUGAUCGGGGUGGUCGCAGUGAUUAUCAUCCUCGUUGUAGUCGUCCUAUUGCUCUUCUGUUGUCUAUGGCGCCAGAAGAAAAUUGUCAAGGAAACAAUCAGUCACUAUGCUGAAGAGAACUCCAUUGCACUCCCCAAUAUUGGCAGGCGUAUGUACGUUGACCCUACCACGUACACGAGCCCCGGCGAUGCAGUGAAGGACUUUGCCUCUGAGAUACCACCCAAGAUGCUGCGUCUCAUGGAGGACAUUGGGUCGGGGGAGUUUGGUGACGUGUACAAGGGAACAUGGAAGUCCGAGGGGGGGAAGCAGCAGAUUCCUGUGGCCGUCAAAACUCUCAAACCUGGCUCCUCCCAUAAAAUGAAGAACGACUUCCUGACAGAGGCGUCCAUAAUGGGUCAGUUUGAUCACCCAAAUGUCAUCAAGCUGUACGGAGUGGUCACCAGAGUGGAGCCUGCUAUGAUCGUCAUGGAGUUUGUAGAGAACGGCUCUCUCUACCACUACCUCAGGAAAAACGAUGAUCAUCUGUCAGUGGAACGUCAAGUGAAAAUGGCACGUUGUGUGGCUGCUGGUAUGGACUAUCUCUCCACGGUUGGCUUUGUGCACAGGGACCUGGCUGCUCGCAACGUGCUGGUGGGUAAGGAUGAGACUUGCAAGGUGGCUGAUUUUGGACUAUCUAGGGAAACAGUCGACGAUGAGUACGAUGUCAAGAAGGGUGGCAAAAUUCCUGUCCGCUGGACUGCCCCUGAGGCAAUCUUCCGUCGUCGGUUCACCUCUGCCAGUGACGUGUGGAGCUACGGUGUGCUACUCUGGGAGGUCAUGAGCUACGGACAGCAUCCCUACGAAGCCGAGGACUGGGACAACCAGAUUGUGUUGGAUAAACUAGAGGCUGGAUACAGGUUGGAGAAUCCUCAUGGCUGUCCACAACCUGUGUACGAUCUUAUGCUCAACUCCUGGUGUGCUGAGAAGAACGACAGACCAACAUUUGCUGACAUUGUCAAAUACUUGGACCAACUUUUGGAGAAUAACAUGAAGAUAAACGUACCUGACCCACCUGUUGCCCCUAAGAAGGUGCCCAAGACGUACCUGAGCAGUGCCAACAUCCUCAACCCUCUCGACUACCCCACCGUUGAGAUGUGGCUCAUAGCCAUCAAGAUGGAACGUUAUAAGGUCAAAUUCGAUGAAGCCGGGCUGAACGACAUCAACCAAGUGUUGCAGCUCACAGAGGCCGACCUUAAGACCAUGGGGAUCACACUCUCGGGGCACUUGUAUCGUAUCACUAGCAGUAUAGAGAAGGCUCAGACUCAACUCACUAGGCAGCCAUCUGUGACUGUGUGAAUCACCCACUGCAUGUAUGUAGCUAGGACUUAAUUGUAUACAAGUAGUAGGUUUUCAAAACACCAUGUGAUGAUUUCACUACUAUUAACAAUAUUUUGUAUUUAAUUGUCAGUUUUUGCUCUGUUGUACACGUUUUAUUUUUAGCUGUAUAUAUUAUGCUGUUUGAGUAAUUGUUUUUGACAACCAUAAUAAUUAUUAUAAUUAUAAUAA